UCCUACUCGCAUUCCACUCGACAGCGCAAGAGGGAAGUGGUCCAUCAACGUAUCAUCCGUUACACAUUCUCCAUCUUCCCCCGACUGGGCAAGGGACCAGCCUUCGUCCUUUACUGACACAAAGAUUUCGCGGGUUCUGUAAACUCAAUUUCGACUACAAGAAGCACCAUCAUGACAGACUCCAAAUAUUUCACAACAAACAAAAAAGGAGAGAUUUUCGAGCUGAAGGCCGAGCUGAACAAUGAAAAGAAGGAGAAGCGAAAGGAGGCUGUCAAGAAGGUCAUUGCUGCCAUGACAGUGGGCAAGGAUGUCAGCUCUUUGUUCCCGGAUGUGGUCAACUGCAUGCAAACCGACAACCUGGAGCUGAAGAAGUUGGUGUACCUCUACUUGAUGAACUACGCCAAGAGCCAGCCCGACAUGGCAAUCAUGGCUGUCAACAGCUUCGUCAAGGACUGUGAGGAUCCCAACCCGCUCAUCCGGGCCCUGGCUGUCCGCACCAUGGGCUGCAUCCGGGUGGACAAGAUCACCGAGUAUCUGUGCGAGCCGCUGCGGAAAUGCCUGAAAGACGAGGACCCGUACGUGAGGAAGACGGCGGCAGUGUGCGUGGCCAAACUUCAUGACAUCAAUGCCCAGAUGGUGGAAGACCAGGGUUUCUUGGACUCGCUGAGGGAUCUCAUCGCUGACUCCAAUCCCAUGGUUGUUGCCAACGCGGUUGCCGCCCUGUCUGAAAUCAGCGAGUCUCACCCCAACAGCAACCUGCUGGACCUCAACCCCCAGAACAUCAACAAGCUGCUAACGGCCCUCAACGAGUGCACCGAGUGGGGCCAGAUCUUCAUCCUGGACUGCUUGUCUAACUACAACCCUAAAGAUGAGCGAGAGGCCCAGAGUAUUUGCGAGCGCGUCACUCCACGGCUGUCCCACGCCAACUCAGCAGUGGUCCUGUCCGCCGUCAAGGUACUGAUGAAGUUCUUGGAGCUGCUGCCAAAGGACUCUGACUACUACAACACCUUGCUGAAGAAGCUCUCGCCACCUCUCGUUACCUUGCUGUCCGGUGAGCCCGAGGUCCAGUACGUGGCUCUGAGGAACAUCAACCUCAUAGUCCAGAAAAGGCCUGAGAUCCUGAAGCAGGAAAUCAAAGUGUUCUUUGUCAAAUACAACGACCCUAUUUAUGUGAAGCUGGAAAAACUGGAUAUUAUGAUUCGUUUGGCCUCUCAGGCGAACAUUGCUCAGGUGCUGGCUGAGUUGAAGGAGUACGCCACAGAGGUGGAUGUUGACUUUGUGCGCAAGGCUGUGCGUGCCAUUGGCCGCUGUGCCAUUAAAGUGGAGCAAUCGGCGGAGCGCUGCGUCAGCACCCUGCUGGACCUCAUCCAGACCAAAGUCAACUACGUGGUACAGGAGGCCAUAGUGGUCAUCAGGGACAUCUUCCGCAAGUACCCCAACAAGUACGAGAGUAUCAUUGCCACCCUGUGUGAGAAUCUGGACUCUCUGGAUGAGCCGGAUGCUCGCGCCGCCAUGAUCUGGAUCGUGGGCGAGUACGCCGAGAGGAUCGACAACGCUGACGAGCUGCUGGAGAGCUUCCUCGAGGGCUUCCACGAUGAGAGCACCCAGGUGCAGCUCACUCUCCUGACCGCCAUCGUCAAGCUCUUCCUGAAGAAGCCGUCCGAGACUCAGGAGUUGGUGCAGCAGGUCCUCAGCUUGGCCACUCAGGACUCUGACAACCCCGACCUGCGUGACAGGGGCUACAUCUACUGGCGCCUGCUGUCCACGGACCCGGUGACCGCCAAGGAGGUGGUGCUGUCGGAGAAGCCCCUCAUCUCCGAAGAGACGGAUCUGAUCGAGCCCACCCUGCUGGACGAGCUCAUCUGCCACAUCGGCUCUCUGGCGUCCGUCUAUCACAAACCGCCCAGCGCCUUUGUGGAGGGCAGCCACGGAAUCCAUCGCAAACACCUUCCUGUCCAGCAUAGCAGUAUUGACACAGGUGAGAGUCCGGUUAGCGGCGGGCCAGCGGCCGCGAUGGACCAGCCACAUGUUAUUCCCAGCCAGGGUGAUCUGCUGGGUGACCUUCUCAACCUGGACCUGGGUCCCCCAGUCAACGUGCCCCAGGUCUCCUCCAUGCAGAUGGGUGCCGUGGACCUCCUGGGAGGCGGCCUGGACAGCUUGCUGGGGGGCGACCUGGGCGGUGGUGUUGGGGGGAGUCCAGCUGUGGGCCAGAACUUCAUCCCUUCGUCCGUCCCGAGCACUUUUGCGCCAUCACCCACUCCCGCCCCUCCGGCCGUCAGCAGCAGUGGCCUCAACGACUUAUUUGAGCUCUCCACGGGUAUGGCCAUCACAUCCGGAGGCCACGUGGCCCCGAAAGCUGUAUGGUUGCCUGCUGUGAAAGCCAAAGGACUGGAGAUCUCCGGAACCUUUUCUCGGCGGCAGGGCCACAUGUACAUGGACAUGACCUUCACCAACAAGGCCCUGCAGCACAUGACCGACUUCGCCAUCCAGUUUAACAAGAACAGCUUUGGGAUGAUACCCACUAGCCCUCUGCCCAUUCACACUCCGCUGAUGCCCAGUCAGGGCAUCGAUGUCUCUUUGCCCAUCAAUACCAUCGGGCCAGUCAUGAAGAUGGACCCUCUUAACAAUCUCCAGGUGGCCGUGAAGAACAACAUCGAUGUCUUCUACUAUAGCGUCCUCAUCCCCCUCAACAUAUUCUUUGUUGAAGAUGGAAAAAUGGAGCGACAGGUGUUCCUUGCCACCUGGAAAGAUAUUCCCAAUGAAAAUGAGCUGCAGUACCAGAUAAAGGAAUGCCACCUAAAUGCAGACACCGUGUCAGGCAAGCUGCAGAACAACAACAUCUAUACCAUUGCAAAGCGCAACGUGGAGGGUCAGGACAUGCUCUACCAGUCCCUCAAACUCACCAACGGAAUCUGGAUACUGGCCGAGCUGCGCAUUCAGCCAGGCAACCCCAACUACACGCUGUCCCUCAAGUGUCGGGCCCCCGAGGUGUCUCAGUACGUGUAUCAGACGUACGACGCCGUGCUGAAGAACUGAGCGGCUGGCUUUGCACCCGCCAUCCAACUGCAGUGUUACUUUGCUGCUCAAAACGGACGCGAGACAUAAAUUUUCCCCACCCGGUAGAUAACAAAAAUGGUAAAUGUUCUAGUCAGGAAUGCAAAUGUGUUGUCAUUGUGAUCACAGUUCCGACAUACCGUAUAUACAACAUUAUAGCUUCUUUCGCAAUAACUGGGCAAAAUUUUCGGGGAGGGGGGGGGGCAAUUUGGACUGUGAAAAUGUGUCAAUCAUUCCAUCCUUAAACGUCUUAAUGUUGCAACUGAUCAAAGUGAAAUUGUCGUCAACAGAGAAACUCCCUUUUUUUCUGCACACAUCCAUCUAUGCCCAUUUAUUUUUUAUACUAGCUACUAUUUUUUUUGGGGGGGGUGUUAAACUCACUGAUUUCUGCACACAAGAUUUAGUACCACUACAUUUUCGUCACCUCACCUUUUUUGGGGGAGGGAUUAGUUAGCAUUCCCAUUAAGCCGGUGUUUUAGAUAAUGACCAAAUUAUGACAGAGCAGUCGCUUUAAAGCUAAAUAUAAUGGACCUUUUCCAGUAUGCUAAUGCAAUUACUUUUAUAACUGUAAAGUAGAAAGUAACACGCGUGAUUACUAGGCACAAGUUACUGACUGGCCAGUUUUGUAAUUGUCCCACUAUUGCAAACACAUAGUCAAUGCUUUGAAGACAAAAAAAUAAAAAAUAAAAUCAUAAAUGCUAUUUAUUGUUCAUCUACCUCCUUUCACACUAGCCUUUUGGUUGCAGUGCUUUCCAUUCACUCUUCAUUUUCUUUUCAUUAUCGAGCCAGUUCGAACGUUUUGCACCUCAAUUCAGCCAAACUUGCAGGACCAAGCAUUCACUUGUGAAAUGGCAAUUUGUUUUCUUAUGACUAUUGCUACAGCUAAUGACCCCUCAUAGGUUGGCGCUUAAGGGCCCUUGUGUAGAUUAGUGAUGUCGUUUGUGUCGUUAUAAACAAGCUAUUAUGGCAUUACCCUUUAUAUUCUAAUACAAUUAAGCCGGCCUCUAAUAGAAACGGCUGUGUGACUGUACUAUUCAUGAUGGUGGGGUUAUGUAAAAAAAUAAGUCCAUUUUUAUCCCGCAUCCUGGGUUUUCUCCAGAUUUCCGUAAGAUUUUUAUGCAUAUUUAGCCACUCCCAUAAACAUCCUUAACAAUUGUUAACGAUUAUAGAAAGUUUAAAUGUUGUUUCAUCUGUUUUUCACUGUAUUGCAAAUGAUUUGUUAUUACAUCACUCCUGAGAUCAAUAAAGUGUCACCACCA